CGGGGGGAACUAAGUUUAUCUGGCGCCUGGCACCGGCUCCGCCGUUACUGUACCCUUCAUCCUCCUCGUUCUUGCUGGCGUCGAUCCGCGACCCCUCGGCCUCUCCCCCCGCCGGGCCGCAGUCUCCGGACAUCGGCUCGUCGCAGUUGGCCUCGCCGUCCUCCUCCAUCCUCAUGAUGCUCGUGUCUUCGCAGAACUCAUAAUCGUCCGACAUGUUGCCAGAUCGUCCGAAGUCAAGUCGAAAGCCCGGGACGUGGAGUCGGAAGCUAAGCUAAGUUUUGCUAAAGCUGGCGCUGACGCUGCUGCUACCUACGUAUGAAGCGCCGAACUGAAGGGUGGCGUCACUCUGGCUCGUGAAAAAGGCUCAUUCAAGGAAAAGGCGUCAUUUAAAAGAUGUAAUUCCGCAGUUUAGGUGUCAUCGCAUGGUUUUUCGGUCUUGGCUGGAGACGCCGUCCUCUUCACACGUCAGGCGGUAAAGACAUAGCGACGCAACACCGCCUCCCACUGGCGAGUGCCACUCACUAUCAAUAGCCAGGAAUCCCACGGACCCUUCGCAGGGCGUUGGUGGUAUAGUGGUUAGCAUAGCUGCCUUCCAAGCAGUUGACCCGGGUUCGAUUCCCGGCCAACGCAGCUCUUUUACUCCCUUUACUUUUAAAAAAUCCUUUUUUGUCUAAGAUUAGAGAAUGUAUCGUGGCGGGCCUGUCCGGAAGGUUUGCACGCAAGACAAAAGAAGACAUGUCGACAAAACCUUCGUAAAAAAAGUUCUGAAAAGUUGUUGUUACAAGACAAAAAUCUAUUGAUUUGGAAAAUCGAUGCUUCAUUUCUUAACCAGCAUCAAGCUUUGCUUUUAUUAUCGGAUGUACAAUCAAUAGAGUGAAUAUAAAGAAAUGAAGAACAAAAUAAUAUGAAAGUGAAAGAUCCUGAUGACACAACUUCAUUUUUAAAGAAUAAGCUUAAGAAUGUUUGUGUGUCGACCAUCAUGAAGUCAAUGGUCAAUAGUAGCCACAACAACAGUGCUACAACUACUGCUACUUUUAAUAACUAUGAAGGCACUCAGAGAGCACAACCCUCCGCCAAGCAGCGUGAGUCAACCCCAACAUCAUCUCCCAAUACUCUUGGAAUAAAAAAAAAAAAAAAUCCUGGAUCCAAAUUCUAACGUGGCACAGAUGCUGAUGGCCCCCAAUGUUGAAGAGUCUGGAUCCAGAUGGUGAUUCAGAUCACUCCCAAAACACAUUUGUUCCUUGUUCCAUUUCGUAUAUUCCCUGAUAUUGUCGUCCAAAUCUGUCCAUAACUUUGAAAUUUAUUUUGAACACUGACAUAUCUACGCAUUGUUAACAUAACCUCCAUCACAGAGGUAAAAACUGCGCCACUUUUAGAAUGCCUCCCGAUCAACUGUGGUAAAACAUGGUAUCUGACUACAGUUAUUCCCAAAAAUGAACCGAGCCAGCCAGGAGUCGAACCUAGAAUCUUCUGAUCCGUAGUCAGACGCGUUAUCCAUUGCGCCACUGGCCCGUCUAUGUAGGAAGAUGGUUGUUGCUAUGGGAACAUUCAGCAUGACGUCAUGUAUCAUCGUUGAAUAUUCCUGGAUUGAGGUAGGGAUUCGGAUCGCUCCCAAAAUUGAGUCGUCUGUCCCUUGUCCCAUGUCACACAUUGGACCACAGACAAACCAACGGCGCUUGUAACGCAGUACCAGCGCCACCCUCCUAAACAGGUGGUGGCGGUAGUGCGCUGAUACAGUUGUGUGCCACCCGUCAAAAAUUGACCUGAUGUUGGAGCGUCGCUCGCUGUCGCCCCCAGCUGGACCGGAGCUCUCGCCGUCGCGGAAGAACAUGUGUCUUCACCACGGUCUUCAUCGAUCUUUCUGGCGCGGUCGGUUAAACGUGGUUGUGACGCCUAACAGCAGCUAACCCCCAGAUACACCCGGGCGCUCUGGCGGCUCGCCGCACCUCACUCACGUCGUCUUCCACGCCGCCGCAGCAAGCCGCAGCUCAUCGAGCUCGCCGAGACAUGGCUUCUGUUUCCAUCCCCGCCGGCACCACGGUCCUGCUGCUGGACAUAGAGGGCACCACCACGCCCAUCACGUUCGUCAAGGAUAUUUUAUUCCCGUACAUCCGAGAACACCUGGAGGAUCAUCUGUCGACUCACUGGGAGGAGGACGAGUGCAAGCAGGACGUCCAUCUCUUGAAGAAGCAGAUGGAGGAGGACAUGAAACAGAACCGGGCCUGUCCGGUCCACACCGUCGACCAGACGGUGCACACGGACGAGGAGAAGGCCAUCAGGGAGGUGGUGGAGAACGUUCUGUGGCAGAUGGCGGCGGACAGGAAGUCCACUGCGCUCAAGCAGCUGCAGGGUCACAUGUGGAGGUCUGCGUACUCAUCGGGGAGAAUCAAAGGCGAGGUUUACCAGGACGUGACUCCGUCCAUCAGGCGCUGGAGAGAGCUCGGCUUGAAGAUCUUCAUCUACUCGUCGGGCAGCGUGGAGGCUCAGAAGCUGCUGUUUGGACACUCUGUGGAAGGAGACUUGUUGGAGUUGUUUGACGGUCACUUCGACACCAGCAUGGGGGCAAAGGUCGACGGGAAAAGCUACGAACGAAUCGCAGAGAGGAUCGGAUGCCAACCCGAAGAAAUCACCUUCCUGACAGACGUUACGCGAGAGGCCAAGGCCGCUGAAGACGCCGGCGUCAACGUGGUGAUCGUGGUCCGGCCCGGGAACCUGGAGCUGACGGAUGAAGAGCGAGCGAGCUACAGUCUCAUCACGUCCUUCAGCCAGCUGGAGCCGACUGGUCGCGGCUAACACGCCUCGCCCCCAAACCAGCACAGGAACUCAUGAGAAUCCAGUCACUGGUGGAACACUGACACGUAGACGCAACUCGACAGCACCACCUGCUGGUUUCACUCCUCACCUUGUGUGUCUGUGCCCCGUGUGCCAACAGGUCCGUGUCUGUUGUCAAGCAGCCGAUUCAAAGUGGAAUAAAUCCUCCUC